AUGCCACCUACAAUUGAGCCGGCCACAAUUCGUGGAAACAAGAAGAUCAGCUGUCGUGAAGGUGAAGAUGAACAAGAAGAGGCGCAGGACAAGCACAAGGAGAAGAAGAGAGCGGUGAUUACGACGAAGACGUACACGUCGAUCCACGUUCCAUUAGUUGUUACAGAAUGCAGUGGUUUUCGAUUAUGUCUCAUUCUACGACCACAAGAGUAUCAACUCUCUCAGGAAGCACACAGCAUUCCAUCAAAUAUUGCAGAUACAAAUCGCAGAGUUUCAGACUCCGCAAAUACUGAAGAGUUGUCAAGAGCAUUACUGUCAGAAAAUGUCUAUAUGGAUCCACCAUUAUCAGCGACAGUCGUGACAUAUUCGGUCAAAGAUAAAUCAGAUUUGCUAUGCUAA